GUUCAAAUGUAGAAUGCUCGAACAUGCUUGGCAUCGAUUAAUUGUGACUAUUCAGAAAGUUGCGGGAACACGAAAAUCUACACGUCUCCCGUAGAAACAUUGUGGAGAGGCGGUAAAAUUCCCCGAUUCACAUGCUGCAUUUUAGGACGAUGGAAGAGAGUCUGAAAACUGUGCUUCAUUGCGAUGACAAAGAGAAGCUUAAGGAAAGGCUGGCUAUAUUACAAAGGGAGUACAACAGAACCGUUCAAAGAUUGAAGCGGGCUGAGCGAUCUGAUGCUGUGCGGAACUAUGUGAGAAGCAGACUUGCUGAACAAAACCUGCGUCAGGAGGGACAAGACCCUGACAGCCUGUCUGAACCCAGUGAAGCUAAGGGGAGGAGACCGUGUCCUGUUAACCACAGCGGCCCUGAGGACCAGAAGCAGAGUCCAUCUGUCCUCUUCAGUCUUCCCCAUGACGUCUUGAGACCCGACGUGAGCCCCGGAGUGGCGGCAGGCUCGUCGGAGUCCUCUCGGCUGUCUGACACCCCGCAGGAGGAGAGCCCCGCACCGGGUCAGGGGCCCCGCCGGCGCUCCGCCCAUCGCCUGCGCUCCCGGAGGAGCCGGCUACGCUGGGAGAGGAGGGAGAGGACCGACUCCGGGGUCUCGGACACGGAGAACACCGAGACCAGCGAGGACGGACGGGAUCCCGCUAUCGAUUUCGGUGCCGGGACGAGUCAGUCUCAGCCUAAACCUGAGCCAGACGGCAUUGUGGCUACAGUGGGGGGAGAAUAUACAGAGCUCACACAUGACCAAGGGCCCGUAAAUCUGCCAGUCUCAGCACACAGGACGGAGCAUGGGGGCGGUAGUACGGACACGGCCGUAUCGGACAUUAAGACAGCCCCGGUCCUGGGGCCACCGGACUGCCCCACAGCAGCCACACCCGUCCCGUCCUCGGACGGAGCAGGGACUCUUUCCGCCCUGGUGAGCGAAGUCUCCGUGUCGGAGCCAGAGGCUCCCACAGAAGAGUGUCCGCAGUCCGGCAUGGCGCUCCCCGCCCCAGGGGGAGCUGGGUGCCUGGACUCCUGCACCCUAAUCGAGGGGCUGCUCUUCCCGGUGGAGUACUAUGUCAGGACCACGCGCAGAAUGUCGGCCGCCCAGAGCAGCGUGGACCUGGGGGCAGUGAUUCAGAGUCAGCUGAGCGGCGGGAGGGCGGGGCGGGGGAGAGGGAGGGGGAGGAGGGGGCGGGGGGCCUCCGCUGUGUCUCGUACGGCCGUCUGUAAAGACACGGACGCCGAGGGCCACGUCACUCCGGAGUCGGAGAGCAGCCUGACUCUGCGCUCUUCUCCCCCGGCCUUGGGGGCCGGACCUCCAAAACCAGCCAGAGGCAGGAGGAGGCGAGGGGGGAGGAAGAGCAGGCCUGGCCAGGGACAGGCAUCGCCCUGCUCCUCCACCAGGGGGAUGAAGGCCCUUCUGCCCUCCAGUCCUGCACCACAGCGCCCCCAUGUGGCCACCCUGGGAGAAAGCCACCUCAGCCUGCGCUUUCUCCUCUCGCACUUCGACACCGAAGACUUCCACCUUCCCGACGACGAGUUUGGGACGCUGAAGCGGCAGAAGCUCAGGUCUACUGCCAGGGACCUGGAGGCUUUUGUCCCUCACUGCUCACCGUACCUCACCCGCCAGAGGGCGCUAGGAACUCCUUUGGGAAACUCCUACCGGAAGAAGCCUGCAUCUCGCACCUCACACCAGACUGAUCUGGGAUCAGACAGGGAUGCACCCAAAUCACCCCCGCCCAGCUUCAUAUGUGGUGAGGUCACGCAUAAGGGGGAGGGGCCAGGCUGUGAUUCGCUGCCUGUGGAGAGAGGGAAUGGAGCUGAGCCUAUAGCUGGUGGGUGUGCGCGACAGGGAGGCGGUGUGGGGGUGGGGGCAGGGCAGGAGGAGGGGUCAGUAUGCACAGGUGCAGAUGUAGAGGCUUUGUCUCCCCAUGUUCUGAACCUGAGCCUGACCCCAACCCUGACUGUUCCCCAGACUCCAAAAAACACCACUCUUGCUCUCUCCUCUUGUGGGAGCCCCUCCUUCCCCUCUCUAGGGGUCACCCCUGCCAUUCCUCUCCACUCCAGACCCCCCACGCAGGACUGCACAUACUCCACCCCCCCAAACGCACUAAGCCCCCACAACCAGGCCACCGCCCAGUCCACAGCACCCUGUACCCCACCCCAGGGAGUCCGGCUCUCUGUUCUCUCUUGUGAGCCUAGCCCAGAAGCACAGACACCCUCUCUCUCCCUUGCACCAUGCUCAGGUAGAAACAGUCAAUCCCAGAAUGCCCUCUGUGCUGCACAGACAGAGGCGGAGCCACACAAGGGUGAGGAGUUUACUGGUGGAGAUCAGUGUGUGGCUCACGCACGUUCUCCUGAUGCUAUGGAGCGUCCGGUGACCGACUCGCUCUCCUCGCUCUGUCAGAGUCCAAGUGCCCUUCCUGUGAGUAGUCACUCCUCCCCCUGUCCUCUGGACGCCCGCUCUCUCCUCCCUGAACCCCUCGAAUCCCGCCGCGUUCUCCCACUGCCUCUCCCUCCAGAAGAUGAGGAUGGAGCUGUUGUAUCCUCCGCCCCCCUGACGGACAGGAAGGGCGAGGCUCUUCAGCGGACUCGGGCUCUCCCAGUGUUGGGUGGACGGGGCUGUGUAGACCCAGACCCAGACCCAGACGCAGACAUGGGGAGUAUGCCUACACCCUGUAUGGAGGAGGAGGUCGCCAACCCACAGACACCAGCGCAGGUCUCUCUCAGAAUCUCAGACUACGAUGGCACUCAGCACUCAGGCUGUCCGGCCCCUCGGGGCCCAGACACCCUGCCGUCCUGUUCACUGAGGUCAGAGCACGGGGACAGAGACCUGGACUCCUACUUCACCGACACUGCCUGGUCCCGUGGUGUACAGACGCCGUCUCAGCCUGGACACAGUGCGUGGGGACAGAGCCCUGCUGAGAAGAGGCUGGAGACUCCCCCUCCAUCGCCCCCUGGUGGCCGGGAGGGCCCUCUCUGCAGCAGCCUGAAGCUCACACACACACUGAAGGCCCCUCCAGGCCGCUGCCUGGUGGACGUGUGCAGUGUGUACGGAGCGGCAGGCUGGUGUGUGGUGACGGCAGAGGAGUGGGAGGUGUGUGUGUGGGGACAGAGCUCCUCCCAGCGAUGGAGUCUGCUGCACACCUGGAAGUUCACUGAGCACCCAGUGAUUUCCCUGCUCUCUGUGCCUGACUCCCACAGACUACUCUGUGUCUCUCUGGGCAAGCUGGAGAUCAGAGAAGCCAGGGUCUUGUGCUGUGCCGGGGCUACGGAGCAGCUCUCCCAGGCGGUGCUGUGCUCAGGAGAAGUGCAGGCUGUGCUGGGCGUGUCUGGGGCCAGGGUGGCCUGCUGUGCCGCCUCCGGGUCCACCCAAACCGUGCAAGUGUUCACGCUGUCUGAGGAGGGCAGGCUGGAGGACUCGCUCUCUCUGGUCUCUCCUGGGCAGUCUGUACAGGCUUUGGCUGCUGUGGAUGGACAGAGUGAUGCUCUGAUUGGCUCCACAGACUCUAGCCACCUUGUGCUCUGGAACAUGAGGACUGGGCAUCUGCUGCAGAGGUUCCCUCUGGGGGAGAGUGUUUCAGGCACCAUGUGUGUGAGAGGAUACUCCCAGAGCGGGGUGCUAUUUGUGUUGCUGCAGCAUCGCUUUCUCCUUAACAACCUGGAUGAAGGGGCACCCUUCUCUCUGAUUGCCACCAACCCUGUCACUGCCAAAUCUGUCCUUGUGCACCAGCUGGCUGUGCCCUCACAGUGCGUGGGGAGGUUCACAGACGGGGACGUGUGGGGAUCAGCAGUGGUUGCAGUCUUCCAGUCGGGGUUCCUGGCUGUGUGGGACCUCAGGGACAGUGACUGUGUGGCCCGGCUGGCACGGGGUCCGGAGGAAGGGUGCCACAUCGCCCGCUGGGGCGGCCCCCGCAAUCUCCUGACCGGACACCUGAAUGGAGAAGUCUUCCUUUACCAGUACACCCCUCUCGGGUUGUUGUAGUACUGCUGGACCACGGGAACCACCUCAGGAAGCAUAGCUGGCUCAGUCACACGCAACCGAUAUGCCAGACCAGUGACUCACUCCUGGUCCUGGAGAGCCGCAGGGUGUGCUGGUUUUUGUUUUAGCCUUAAUAUCAGCAGCCAGUUCAGACCCCAGAAACCAGGUGAGGUGAGUUAACUGUGUAAUUAACUGCUUUAAUUGAUCAACUAAGUGCUGAGUAACAGCAAAAGCCAGCACACACUGCAGCUCUUCAGGACCAGGAGUGAGGACUACUGCGCCAGACUAUUCCCAGUGCCAAAAUAACAGAUAUAAAAUACACGUGUUGCCUCAGCCUAUAAAUGGAGUGUAAAAAUGUUUUUCUCAGCUGUUCCCACUGUGUUCUUAUCUGCUUUUGCUCUCGUGUUCAGGAAAUCCAGGACAAAUGCAGACAUCCAUAUUGGCAAAUGCUUGUGCUAGAUGAUCGAUUAUGGUACCCUCCCCAUUUUGUGCAAAAAAAAGCUAAAUUCAGAAUGAUUUUAAUAUAAUUCUGUAAAGCACAUUUUAACUUCAAAAUUAAGAAAGUCAAAAUGUCUGAUGGAGUUAAUGAUUGAAUUAAGCCAAA